GCGAAGCCGCGAGAGCACCAACUACCAAAGUCCACAGAAAAAGUCAAAUUAUCUUAUUGUCCUAGCAUAACCAAAAUGACACCGAUCUAUCAAACAACAACAAGAAGCUACUUUUAUUUCAGAGUUUCAUUAAAAUACUAUGUUGAAUCAAAGAGUUACAAAAUCCUGCGCCUACCGUGAAGCCGAUCAGAUUGCGCGUCAAGUUGCACUCUCUAGAAAAGACGUCAAAAGAAGUCUUCUUGUCGGGAGUGAGACGGCUGAUAUUCAGGCAAACAAGUUGUAGUUUUUCUUUUCUCAUGUGAGUGUUCAUUAACCUUACUCAUCCUAGGUGAAGUGGGACAGUUGAAGAAACAUUAUGAGGGAUUUCACAACUGGUUCCAGUUCUACCGUUUACAGACGACCACAAAUGAAUUAACCAAUGUCGAGGUGGCUUCAGUGACGUAUGACACAGAGCCUACUUUUAUGCAGGGCCUGGAUUUCACUUGGGACGUCGCUAAGAAAAGGGGCGGUGGCAGCAGCUUGUUUGUUGGAACAAGCCCAGCGUUUGAUUUUGCCAUUUUCAGUGUCUGUGCUCUUUCCAUAUUUAAACCACCAAACCAACUGACAGAAUGCUCUUGUCAAAUUCACAAAACCAUCUUAAGAAUUACAGCGAAGGAAAUUUCUGUCAAAGAGAAAAAGGUUAUGACUCCAAAAGGCAAGGUUAACACAGCCUACCCAUCGGCUGUUAUCGCUGAUCCAAUGUGCACAAGCGUUGAUCCCAACACGAGAACAAAUUGUGGAACGGCUGGGAUAGACGAACACACCUGUGGAGAAAGAGGCUGCUGCUUUGACUGGCAGCAAUACACUGCCCAAACCCAUAUGUGUUUUUAUCCUGCAAACCACGAAUGUCAUGUCGCCCCUCCCCACACUAAAGUAGAUUGCGGUUCUCCACCUGGAAUAACCAGGAUUCAGUGCGAACAAGAAAAGAACUGUUGUUUUGACGAAAGCCCUGCCCAAGGUGCUCCUAAAUGCUAUCAAAAAGUUCCAAAAGAAACAAAGUGAAAAGAUGGAGAAGGACCUUUUUCACAUAUGAUUUUGUGAUGAGACUGCAUCAACGCCAUGUGAAAAGAAAGUUCACGAUGAAUAACUUAAAAUACAUAUUGCGCUUUAAUAAACAUCGGUGUGGCACAGAAGCAAAAAAAGUGUGUUGCUGAAUGUUGUGUUGAUCACUUUAGUUAUUAAGACAAGAACGGUUAUCGUCCAUCCCUGAGGGCCGGUGUCACUAACGUAAUGUGACAUUGUGGUCUCAAACCCCUUUCUCUGAAUUCAGCUACCCAUACAGGCCUUAAUCCGAAGGAUAUCCCUCUCCGGUUAAAUCAAGAUCACUCCCGGCUUCAGAAGUUACUGGAGGACCUUGAAGUGGUCGAUCCAGUGAUGCGAAUUUUACUCGUGUGGAUUGCCCUAGCGAAAAAUCUACGCAAUGUGUGUGGUACAUAAUAUCAGCGGGAGGAAUGGAUACCAUAUAAGUACCGCAGAGAAAUGGUAGGAAAUUUUCCUAGCAUUCCUUACAUACUCUCACUAGGGGAAGGCGUCAUAAU